AUGGCGGCCACGUUCACAUGCCAGCGCCCCGAUCUUCCUGGUGGCUCUUCCAACCAUCGUCCUCUUUCCCCUACGAUCUCUUCCCCACCGCUCAGCCCAGCGCCAGAGCAUACUACAGCUACAUCCUAUUUGAUGACAAAAGUCCCAUCUCUCUCCAUCGUCUCACCCGGUGUGAACGAUACAAAAGAAGUAUACGCCACUACCAUCGAAGUCACCGAUAUCACCGUGGGUGCAGGCAGUCCGCCCAUCGUGUCAAUCCCCGUAGUCGAGGAUCAGCUCUCCCACGGUAUGGAGAGCACGACUACCCCAUCGUCUUCCUCCAAACCCAACAGUCGACGGACCUCCAAACGCAAAAGAACAACCUCACCUCCAUCACCAUCAACCGCCAAAACUCCAGAUCAACUUCACACGUCGCGACGCUCCAGUCCUCAUAGUCAACACAGCUCCAUACACUCACACCGUCGCUCCGCAACCACCGCUUCCAUAACACCGAUAUCCGAUCGAACAGCCCGCCGCGAGGACCUGAUUGCUCUACACCGUGAAUCAUGCCGUCUAUUCCAAGACGACGGGCUAUCUACAUCUAAACCUAGCCAACGAGCAUCGGCAUCGGCAUCGGCAUCAGCAUCUCGACCCCCAUCUUCCAGCACAUCACGUACGCCUCCACGGCCUCUCCGCUCUGUUUCCAAUGCCAGUUCCCCACCCACUUUACGAACUCCACUAUCCAUCUCGACCUACCAAGACCAAAGCAACCAGAAUCAAUCCCCACGGGGUCCAGUACGCGCAGCCACCUUUAGUGCAUACGAACCAGCGUGCAUUUCACCCGUGCAACCCACAGUAACAGUAAUCGACUGGACAUCACCAUCCACACGGAGGCGCGAAUAUGAGAAAAUCGACCGCGCCAGCAGUGGCGUGCGUGGAUUCUGGCGCCGUGUAGCGCCGCGAUGGUGUCAAUUCGGAGACCACCGCACGCCGUUCUUCGAAGAGGGCAAGGACGGAAAGGGGAACUAUGAGGGGAGUGUACGGCGGUUCCGCAUGGAUUUACCAGAAGAAUGCGAGAGUAAACGGACGGGGACGACGACGUUCCAAAAGAACUUCAAGUUGACGCGAAAGAUGGUUAUUCAUCGAAUGGGAGGAAGAGUGAAGACUGCUUAA